AUGAUAACCCCACACGCCUGGGCCACGCGCUCUACCAUCCAUUCCAAUCACGUAUUGCCAAGUAGGGUUUUGGAUGGGGCUCACAGGAACACGCUUGAUACAGCAACAGAUAUGGUUGCUUGUCAAAUGAGAAGCACCGUGGAGUUUGGUGUUGUUUGUGAGGGGGACAAAGAGGAGACAAGCACAGCCGACGGUAUUGAAGACUGUGGACCAGGAUUGAACGGCUGA